AAACAUUCAGUGAAAUGAGAAAAUCUUAAAGUUCAUAAGUAGUAGAGAUUAUUUUACCAUUGCAUAUUAUGUAAUUGUAAUGAAUUACUAAUCUGAUCCAUAAAGUGUUUGAAGUAAAAUUGAUCGCAACGUAAUAAUGGAAUUAAAUAGAGGGAGAAAGAGAAUGAACACAAUGAUAAAAAUGUAUUUGUUUGUUUACAUUUUUUUUUUUGGUGCCGGAAUAUCGCUUUGUCAUAUGCCUGACAAUCAUAAUUCAACUAAUGUGUUUUUGGAGCAGUGUCGAAGGGAUUGUGCAAUUAAUAAAAAUAUGAUGCUCUGUGGGAAAUAUAUCGCAGUAAAAUGGAUAAAUGAUGUUAUACAAGAAAAGGAAUAUUCUUAUGGACCAUUUAAAAUUAUUAAAAUACCUAGGAUACAGAGUGGUCGACUUUUGCCUGAGGUACUACGAACGAAAACAAGUAAUAUUGCUGAAACACUGUAUUUUAUCAGAGAAGCAGCUGAAGAUUUAUUAACCAGACGUGCAAUUGUGUAUACCGUGGAGCAGUCGCCAGGGGCAGAAAUUUUUAAAAACGGCCUCAUGGUUUUAGAUGAUGAUGAGCUUUCGCAUGUGAGGAAAAGCAGGACAUUCGAGGCUUCAAAGGGUUCCUUCAGAAUUUUCAAGAAGAAAAAGAACAUUAUACUACCUAUUCUUAUAUUACUAAAUUUAUUAAAACUUAAAUUAUUGAUCUUCCCAAUUUUUCUCGGAGUACAUUUUAUUAAAAAGCUCUUGAUACUUGGUUCCCUUCUAUUACCAUCCAUACUUUCACAUUUAAAAAUCUGUAAAAUAGCGCAACAACCUUUUCCAUAUCAUCAUUGGCAACCUCCUGGUGCAGAAUAUGCUUUGGAUUUUUCACACGCUUAUGGCCAACAAGAUUCCUGGGAUCACAGAAAUGAUGUACUAGGAAAUGCUUACGAUAGUUAUUACGAUCACAGUUUGUACAAUCCAUUUUCUUAUUAUUUUCAAAAUUACAAUAAAGAGAGACGGUGAUAUUUUUCAAGAUCAAAUGUAUGUGAAUUAUUUAUCAAUAAUACGUGUAUUUCUAUUUGGAGAGAUUGUAAUUUAUAGCGAUGCGAAUGUUACUUUUUUCAU